CGGCUCUGCCGCCGCCGCUGCCGCCGCCGCCUCCGGCGGCGGCGGUGCUGCGAGUCCGACGGCGCGGCUUCGCCGCGCGGGCGGUGAUGCCGGAAGCGGUGCCACCAUGCCGGCGGUGAGCGAGGACGGGGAAGAGGAGGUGGAGGAGGAGGAGGCGCCGGCUGCGGCUGCGGUGGAUGCGCGGGCGGGGUCGUUCUCUCGGUCGCCGCUGGGGAGGCCGCCGCAGCCGCCGAUUCCGGAGGAGGGCCCCACGGCGGCGGCGGGAGGAGGAGCGGCGGCAGCGCCGGCAGCAGAGGGCGCCUCCGCCCAGGACCCCGUACGGCGGCUGCGUGCGCCGCCCAAGAAGCAGAACUCCAUGCAGAAGCUGAUGGCCAAGAUGAAGGAGAUCAAGUUGCGAGUGACUGGCAAGAUGAGUGCGGGAGGUGGAGUGGGUGAGGGCGGCAGCAGCAGCAGCUCCGUAACCGCCACUAACGGCUCCUCUUCUAGUGUUGCAGCAGGCCCGGCAGGGGCAGCAGCGGGAGGGGUUCUGGCCGGUGAGACGUCUUCAACCGGCGCUACUGCUGUUGCUGCUGUUGCUGCUGCUGCUGCCUCCACGCCGGUGCCCGCUGGAACGCCUAAGACGCUGCUGGGAGGGGCUGAGGAGGGAGGUGCGGGUGCAGCCGCUGUGGGUGCGGGUGCGGUGGAGGGGAUUGUGAACGGGGUUGUGAACGGAGGUGGUGGUGUUGCGGAGGCGGCUGGGGGUCAGCCGAAUGAGGAGGCGCGGGCGGAGCGGGCGGCCAAGAUGGCUCAGAACGAGGUGCUGCUGAAUAAGAUGAUUCAGCAGCAAAACACGACCAUGGCUGCAGCGGAGAAGGCGCAGAUCAUGGACGACCUGGGAAUCAUGGCGGGGCCGGCGGCUUCGGAGCGCAGGCGGGCACCCCCGCGGCGGGCCGUCACUUGGGUGAACGAAGUCAGAUACAACCUGACGGAGGCGGUCGGCUCCUGGGCCUACAUGGCUCCCGAGGUGGUGCUGGGUCAGCCGUACAACGAGAAGGUGGAUGUGUUCAGCUUUGGGGUGAUCUUGUUCGAGGUGCUGAACCGGAAGCUCAUGCUGGUGGAUGAGAUCAAGAACGACCCGAGGAAGGAUGCGCAGGCCUACGCUGAGCGCGUUGCUCGCGGCUUCCGGCCGGAGAUCCCCCGCCGCUGGCCCGAUGCGCUGCGGGAGCUCAUUGCCAUGUGCUGGGCGCAGGACCCCCACCUGCGCCCCAACUUCACAGCUGUUGUGGACAUGCUGGAGGAGGUGGUGGCGUCGGGCUGCGUGUCCAAGCUGGACAUCAUGUACUGGAGCAGGCCGGGGGGCUUCGUGUGAGCGGGAGGGGCUGGGAGGGGAUGGGAGGAGGAUAAAGAGAAAGCGACUAGCGAACCGUGUGAUAAGGCGUCAUCGCGUUGGGUGGUGGAGGGGGCCGCGGGGGCGGGGACGAGGCGGCGUGAGGUGGUGACGCGUGCCGGGUUCCGACGCGGCGAGACAGCUCUGCUGGUGUAGCGCACCGUGUGCUCCCGAAGGAGGCAGGUAGGGAGGCAGGGAGGACAGGGAGGGAGGCAGGGAGGACAGGGAGGGAGGCAGGGAGGACAGGGAGGGAGGCAGGGAGGGAGGGAGGACAGGGAGUUUGCUGGUCGGGAGUUAUUGAAUUGAAGGGUUCUGAAGAUAGCAGUCGGAUGGGAAGACGAUUUUAGGCGAUUUUGUUUUUUGUUUGUCACCUGUCACCUGACUGCAACCUUGGUGCGGUAUACAAGGUGGGCAGACGGCUGCUGUGUGCCUCUUGAGCGCUAAUAGUUUGCAUGCACGUGAGGUGACCGAAUGCGUGCGGAUGGGGUGGCAGCAGACGCGAUAAUUCGAUAUAGCGACAUGUACCAAUGAUCAGGGUUGGUUCGAAAGAGGUGAAAGUACAUGAUACACGCCGGUCGCGUGUGCGAUUAAUCCCAGGUUGGGUUAUAUGAAUUCGGAAGGCUCUCGUAUCGCGAUUGGGUUGCUUAGAGAGAGAGUAGCGGGCCCCUGGUGCAUGCCGGUUUCCCUUCCCUUCCCCACGCUAAAGCUGCCGAAGAGUGCCGCUGGAUGGAGACGGUCCGCAGCAGCUGAGUGCUUGCUGUUGUCUUUUGUAGCAACUAAUGCUGCUGCUGCUGCUGCCGGGAUGCCAGGUUGAUCGCUCCUUCUGAUGUUCCUGUUGCUGCAAUAGCGGCCAUCAUAUCUGCUAUGGGGAGGUGUCAAACCCGCCUAUUGUUUGGGGCUGAUGUGUACUCUUCUAAAUUAUUGUUCCCGAUAGUAGUCCACAACGUGAUGGCGGGGAAUGAGGAACCAGGGGUUAUUCAGGUGCGGUUUGCCCUCCACAGUCCUCGUUACCGCAAUGCCAAGAAAGAGUAGAGUUGCGGUGUUGACUCGUUGGGCUGCCGACGAGGAUGUUAUUUGGGAGCGCUGAAGGGAUGUCAAAUGCAUACGCGUAUGUGUGUCUGUGUGCUAACAAGUCGCCUGUAUAUGUGUUCAUGCUUGCUUCAUUUUACCAAGAGAACAAGAAAAGAAGAGCUGCGUUUGUCACGGGUUCUCGGACCGAUCCUUCAGGAUGAAGGGAUUGGUGGUCGCUGGACGAUAUUCGUGUUUGCGCGUUUGCGCUCGUUUGAUGACCUCACAUGGGGGAGUGAGGAAGUGCUGCCAGACAAUGGUGAUGUGGCUACUUACUCAAGUUGAGACUCCUGAGAAGGAAGUUGAGGUGGUGUGCUUGCCGUGUCUGCUGUACCGAGCGACCGGUAUGUCUGGCUGCUGCUUCCUGCUUGUCUGUUGGCUCCUGGAUUUUGGGGUUGAGGAGUGCAUGGGAGGGAGCUUUGGCGUGGCUCCCUCACCCAGGGUCGUUGAGUUGCCCUGGUAACCCGCCGCUUUUACAAUGGCUGGGUGUUGCUGUGCUGUGCUAGGGCCGUAGGGGCUUCUUGUUCAGGGUGCUGCUGUGUAGAGAGCUGGGAGAGGCGGUUGUGGGGCUUGUGGUGGCAUCUGCUACGCUAGAGUUAUAUGUACAUGCAACAGCUCGUCCGUAUGGGGGUGUAGGACUUGCGUGUGCACGCAUGCGCGCGUUGUGAUUACGCGUCUUGCUUGAAUGCGUGCUUUGAAGGGUUAUGUGUGUGGUGUAUGUGUGUUUGCCUUCCUGAGUCGGGGGGCUAUCCUGGCCCUUUCACAGUGGGGGCUUUAUCUUCGCACCUGCCUCACGUAUAUUCAGGGCGGGGGCUGGGUUUGGGUGAGUUUCAAUCGGGCAUUGACUAGUUUCAUAGCACCGGGACUGGGUCAUGGACAUGGGCUUUGUGCAGUUGCGUGGCCCUUCUCGAAAGGUAUCCGUGGAGCAGAUCUGAUUCUCGGCCUAGCUUGGGACGUGGCGCGGUGCACGUAUGCCGUACCUGGCAAACUGGCAUAUUGAAGAAGAGGCUUUCUGAAACUUAGCAGGCGUGUGUUUAAGAAACCGGCCGCCGGCGUGUGUCUGCGGGUGCGUGUUUGUGAGGUGUGGUUGCCCCAUGCAGGGAAUGCGAAAGGGAAAGCAAGGGAAGGCGGGGGGUGGCAUCAGGUGAUGUGUUGGUGGCAAAAGGGCAUGCCAUGCGUCCGACACGUGAUGAUGAACCGACGCUACUUUGAGUGUGCGUGUGACGACACUGGAGCAAAUGGGACAACAAACAUAUCUGGGUUGGGAAUGACCGAAUCGGGAGUUGUUGUAUGUAGGGGGCAAUGGUGGAGGAUGGAGCAAGCACGCAUAUGCUGGCUUGCUUGCAUGCAUGCACAAAAGUACGUGGGAAAACCGUGAUGAAGUGCGUGGUGGUUCAUUGGCCGCUGCCUUGGGUCGUCGUCUCACCCGUUCGUUGUGCGCGGACGCGGGAGAGGGGCCUUUUGAGGGCGUCAUGUGGCAAGCGCGUACGUGUGACGUGAGACGUGUUGUGAGGUGGGGUGUGAAGUGUUUUACGGAUUACGGUGCGCGCCGAGAGAGAACGAUAAGCAAUUAAUGAAGUAAGAGAGCGCUAUGUACUGUAUGCUAGGAGCAGAAUAGCAGCAGAAGAGAAAGGGACGGGGAGAAAGGGCUGUCUUAUAUAGUGGCGGGGAGCGUGAAGGGGUGCUGGGGUGGGGAAGGUUGUCCCUCAAGAGGCACACAGGCGCGGCUUGUAAAACAAGAGCAACAG